AUGUUACAAUAUUUUGUGAAUAAACUUUUUGGUGAUUUACCAUCAAGUUUUAAUUAUAUGAUAGGCAAAAAGAUAGAGUAUGAUAUAAAGAUUAGUUAUUAUGAAAUAUAUGAAGGGCAUGAUAAAAAUGGUGAAGAGGUUUGUGUAUUUAUAUAUGAGAAGAAUAAUAAAGAAACGAGUUUUGUAAAAAGAUAUAUAAAAAACCAUUUGUCAUAUUCUAAGAAAUUAAUUCAUCCUAAUAUUUUAAAAGUACUAGAUACUUAUGAGAAUGAGAAAAGGAUAUAUAUAGUAACUGAGAAAUGUGUACCAUUAAUUUAUGAAAAAAUAAAGAGUGACCCUAUAUGGGGUUUAUAUGAAAUAAUGAGAUGUAUUCAUUUUAUUAAUUCAUGUAAUUAUAUACAUGGUUUGAUUAAUCCUUUAUCAAUAUUUGUAAAUUCCAAAGGUAGGUGGAAAUUAAGUAAUUUCGAUUGUAUUCACGAGAAGAAUAUGAGUAUAUGUAAUAUAUAUAAUGAUAUAAAAGAUCAUAUAUUUUGUAGUUAUGGAUAUAAAAUAAAUAUCCCAAAUAAUAUACAUUCAACAUAUAUUGAUUGUAAUGGUUUGAUACUCCUAAUGAUAUGGUCUUAUAAGAAAUAUAUUUGUUCGACAGGAAGUAUGAAUGAUGAAUAUAUGUUUUAUGAAAAUGGUAAGAAUAAUUCAAAUAAUGUAAUGAGAAAUAUGUCAAAGGUUGAUGGUUUAAAGAUGGGAAGUGAAAAGAAUGAUGCAUUAUUUACAUUUGGAAAUAAUAUAUACAAUAAAAAUAAUGUACAUAAUAAUACUUGUAGUAUGAUGAAUUAUUUAUCUAGUGACCCUUAUAGUAUUACGUUUCCUAUAUUUAAUGUUAAUUAUAAGAAGGACAAAAUGGAAUAUAUUCCACAUAAUUUACAUAAAAUAUAUGAUAUGUUAAAUACAUAUAAUUGUGUGGAAAUAGAUUUGAAUAAGAUAUUAAAUGAUGAGAAUUUAAAAAAUAAUAAUCAUAUUGUAAGAACUAUGUUAUUUCUAACAGAAAUCCAUAUGAGAAGUAAAAUAGAGAAGAGUAUAUUUUUAGAUAAUUUGUUUAAACAUAUUGAUAAUAUAUCCUUAGAUGUAAAAGUUCAAAUGAUAUUACCAGAAUUAUGUAAGAAUAUAGAUAUAUUCGAGAAUUAUAUAAAAUGUUUAAAAAUUAUAUUACAUAUUUCAAAAGAUAUACCAAGUGAUGAAUUUGAAAAAAUGGUAUAUGGACCCAUAUUUUUAAAAUGCUUUCAUUUGACUGAUAGAACAGUAAGAUAUGUGUUGUUAGAAUAUUUUCCUUUUUUAGAAAAACAUUUAAAUAAUAAUCAUAUGAAUGAAAUAUAUAAACCUUAUAUAUAUGGAUUUAUGGAUAAUAAUAUGUCUAUUAAAAAUGAAACUAUAAAGAAUUUUAUAUAUGUUUUUCCUAAAUUAAAAACAAAUAUAAGAUCUGGUGCUCUUAAUAUGCUCUUAGAAAAUUUAAAAGAAAAUGACGGUUGUAUUAAAACCAACAGUAUUAUUUGUAUAGCUAAAAUUUCAAAACAUAUAAUAACAGACAAACAAAAUAUUUUAGAGAAUGUAUUCCAGGUUGGUAUGCAUGAUAUAUCUGUACAAACAAAACUAGCAACUUUACAUUCUAUUAAAUAUACAUAUGAUCAAUUUUGUGUGAAGAAAUUUGUAUCGAAUAUAUUACCAAUGGUCACCAGAAGUAUGAUAGAUGAUAAUAUGGAAAUACGGUUCUGUGCCUUUGAUGUUUUGGAAUCUUUGAUGGUUGAUUUGAAAAAAGAAUUAUUAUUAGAAGAAAAGGAACAAAAAGAUAAUCAGAUGGAUGAUCCUCAAAAGUCUUAUAAUUUUAUAGACAAGAUAAAGGGUAUUAUUAAGAAUAAAGGUGACUUCCAGGAUAAUUUGAACGAAAUCACAAAAUCAGGAGCUCCAUUACAAACAGGUGGGGACCUUAAAAAAAGAAAUGAAUUUAUAGGAGAUACAAAUAAUAUUAUGGAGCAUAUACAUAUUAAUGGAGACGAAUCCACAUAUCUUGACAAAAAAAAUAUAUUUAAUGAUAAUAGAAAAAAUAAUGUUGACUAUAGUCAAUUUGAUAAUAUUAAUAAUGAUCAAUUUUUUGUUGACACAUGGAACCCUAACAAUAUAGAUUAUCAUAUUUCUCUACCUAAGGAAAAUAUGAAAGAAGAAAAUAAGUCCCCUCAAUUUAUAUCUGAUACAAAUUUAUUUAAUAAUAACAAUAUACAAAAUAAUGUUACCUUAAAAGAACAAAUAAAAGAGGAAAGACCACUUCCUUUGCAUAAUAAUAAUAAUAAUAAUAUGAAUUGGGGGGCUACUAAUAUAAAAAAUAACGAUAGUGUACAUCGUGAGGACAAAAAUCAUAAUUUCUUUAAAAGUACUGGGGAAUCAAGGAUGAUAGAUAAAAGAUAUAAAAAUAAAAUAAACAUGGAUAUUGAUAAUUUUUUUGAUGAAUUUGAUUUAAGUAAAGAGAACAAUACGCCAAAAGUUAAAUUGAGUUCUCUUCAAUAG